AUGAGAAAAGGGAAGAGAAGCCGAGUUUCAAGACCGGAACACAUUCCAGAAGACAUCAUCGUCGAGAUACUUUCAAGGCUACCCGUGAAAACUCUCAUGAAAUUCAAAAUAGUCUGCAAUCAAUGGAAAUCUCUCAUAUCCCACAAGAUUUUCAGUCUUCGUAACGACGGAAGAUGCCGUGAAAAACCCUUGUUUUUCUUCAGAAGGUUGAACAAGGAUCUCACGGGAACCAAAGUCAGUACUUCCUGGUCACUAAACAGCGAUCUCCAUGUUGAAGAGUUUAAUAACCCUUUCUCUGGGUACGAAUUUCUUGGCUCUUGUGAUGGUCUGCUGCUUUUUGGCUAUGGGAAAAACAUAUUUUUAUGGAACCCUUCCACUAGAUAUUCCAGAGCCGUUCACCAUCUUCUUUCCUUGGGACAUGGUUAUCGCAGGGUGCUGGCAUCUGGAUUUUGUUACGAUGAUUCUGUUGAUGAUUACAAAGUAGUAAUAAUAAUCUCUCAACCUAGGAAAUCUGAACGAACAAUAUAUGCCUUUGUUUCUCAUCUAAAAAGCAUAACUUGGACAAAAGUAAAUUGCCCUUAUGAGGUUCUCCGGACGGAUUGGGUUGCUCCAUUGGUGAGGGGAAAUUUGCAUAUUUUAGCCCAAGAAAAAGAAGGAAAAAAUGGUGGAAACCAACAUCCAAAUGCUCCACAGCAGUUGAUUCUUUGCUUUGAUACAAAAAGGGAUGAAUUCAAAUUGUUGCCAAAACCAGACCCUAAGCAUGACGAACAAAAUCUUGUACAUGGAUUGGGCGUUAUAGAGGGAUGUCUUUGCAUGGUUCGUCCGGAUACAUAUGGCUGGGAGGUUUUAACCAUGAGGGAAUAUGGGGUGAAAGAAUCUUGGACAGUUUUGUUUGCAAUUGUGAACUCGUACUUGAAUGCUCCAAGAUAUUCCUUGGUGCCCGUGUUUUUGACGAACAAGGGGGAAGUUGUAAUGGUGGAAAAUCACCAAAAAGUAAUGGCAUACGAUCUGAAAAGUAGAAAUCUGCUUGUUGUCAGGCAGCAAAAGUAUCCCGAAAGUAGUCAAUUGUUUGGUUUUCCUUACGUUGAAAGUGUAGCAGAUGGGAAUCAAGAAAGGCCACCGAGAAGGAAGAGAAACAACAGAUUGGAUGAUUUUAUUUACUUUAGUUAUUUAGAUCACCUUUAA